CACUACGCCGCCAGCAUGCAAUUUACAGUUCUUCUGAGCGUGGCGCUUGCCGUUUUAUGUGUCCAGGACACGGCGGCCAUCUUCCAGUGCGAGGACAAAGGAGAGCAUUGCCCGGCCAUGAUUAAGCGCUGGGAGGAAGGGACUAGCAAGUGCGACUCCGAACAUCAGGUGCCGCCAGAAUUCAAGAACGAUUGGGACAAAUGCAACGUGGAUGCUAAUAAUAAAUUUGUGAGCUAUGUCGUCUGCAUGAUGACUGAAAUGGGUGUGGCUGCGAUAAGGAGUCAGCAAACGAAGCCGUGUCGACCAUUCUCAACUGCUUCUGUCGGCAGAAAAAGAACUAGUGGUUUGCGGGUCUGCCGGGAGGAUGCAACUAAUGAAUCAAUGAAUGAUGAACCACUAUCUCAAAAGGUAAUUACACUUCAUGAC